UUGCCCUCGGCCAGCUUUGGCCCGAGUGGAGGAUGUGGAGCCGUGUCUCUGCCGCGGCUCAGCGGCGGCUCCCGGGCCCCGGGGCGACCUGGGGGCUGGGCCGAGGGGAGGGGCCGAGCAGGGCGCCCGGCGCGGGCGGCCGGAGGAGGUGUCUGAGCGGCAGGACUCAGGGCAGCAACCUGGUGCCUGAGCCGGGCCGCCCCGCCCGGCCCGAGCCUGAGGGCGGAGAACGUCCAGCGUACAAACUGCCUGGUUUCACACCUUCAAAUAUGGAUAAAAGAUUGCUCCUAUGGGCUGGUCGAUUCAAACGUGAAGAGGACAUACCAGCUGUGGUUUCGUUUGAGAUGAUCGAUGCUGCAAGGAACAAAAUGAGAGUGAAAGCCUGUUACGCUAUGGUACUCUUGACAGUUUUAGCCUGCAUUGGAACAGUCAUUGCAGGGAAGAAGGCUGCUGGUAGACAGGAGUCAUUGACGGCCAUGAACAUGGAGAAAAGAGCCAGGUGGAAAGAAGAGGCUCAAAGAGAAUUAGAGGCUUCCAAAAAUCAGUGAUUGAACAUGAUCUGAAACAAGAAUUGAUGUUAAAUAGGGCUCAGAUGCAUACUUGCAGCUUGUGUGUGUGAUACACCAGUACUUUGGUCUGUGUCCAAGAGGCUCCAGGAUCCCACAAAAUGUAACGAGUUUGAAAGAAAAUAAAGAUUAUUUAAAACCA